AUGUUCUUGGAUGAUUCAGGGUUCGAUCCCAAAAGGUCCAGUGGAGCAUGGCUCUCUAACCUACUUACUGAAAUCCAAGAUUCACUGCACAAAAAAGUUCGCGCCGGUUACGUUGCGACGUUUGGAUGCGAAUUCCAUCUGCUUGAGUUUCUCGACUAUUACCCGGCCCAAGUUGGAAUUCUCGGGCUUCAGUUUAUUUGGACAAGAGAAUCCACCAUUGCUCUGGACGAUAUGCGCUACGAUCCAAAAAGCACCCAGCACACGAACAAACAGUUCCACCAGAUGCUUCUUCAGCUUAUCGAACGAACCACAGAAAACCUGACAGCCACCGAAAGAGUCAAAUACGAGACAUUCAUCACGAUACACUUGCACCAAAAGGACAUUUUCGAGAAUCUGUGCAACUUGGGCAUUUCCAGUUCGACCGACUUCGAGUGGACCAAGCAGACGCGUGCUUUCUGGCUGGAGGAUAGCGACAAAUGCGUGAUCGCAAUAACCGACGUGAAAUUCAUCUACCAGAAUGAGUUUCUGGGUUGCGUUGAGCGUCUGGUCGUCACACCUUUAACGGAUCGGUGUUAUAUCACGUUGGCUCAGGCGCUGAAUCUAGGAUUUGGUGGUUGUCCAACGGGUCCAGCUGGAACUGGGAAAACAGAAACAGUGAAACUGGCAACCCCUGUCUACUGUCAAGGUCCAGUGGAAGCAUGGCUCUCUAACCUACUUACUGAAAUCCAAGAUUCACUGCACAAAAAAGUUCGCGCCGGUUACGUUGCGACGUUUGAUGGCGAAUUCCAUCUGCUUGAGUUUCUCGACUAUUACCCGGCCCAAGUUGGAAUUCUCGGGCUUCAGUUUAUUUGGACAAGAGAAUCCACCAUUGCUCUGGACGAUAUGCGCUACGAUCCAAAAAGCACCCAGCACACGAACAAACAGUUCCACCAGAUGCUUCUUCAGCUUAUCGAACGAACCACAGAAAACCUGACAGCCACCGAAAGAGUCAAAUACGAGACAUUCAUCACGAUACACUUGCACCAAAAGGACAUUUUCGAGAAUCUGUGCAACUUGGGCAUUUCCAGUUCGACCGACUUCGAGUGGACCAAGCAGACGCGUGCUUUCUGGCUGGAGGAUAGCGACAAAUGCGUGAUCGCAAUAACCGACGUGAAAUUCAUCUACCAGAAUGAGUUUCUGGGUUGCGUUGAGCGUCUGGUCGUCACACCUUUAACGGAUCGGUGUUAUAUCACGUUGGCUCAGGCGCUGAAUCUAGGAUUUGGUGGUUGUCCAACGGGUCCAGCUGGAACUGGGAAAACAGAAACAGUGAAAGACAUGGGUCGUUGUCUGGGACAAUAUGUUGUUCAAGUUCAAUUGUCGGGACAGAUGCAAAUCGCGGGACUGGGUCGCAUAUUCAAAGGACUUGCCCAAUCCGGAGUGUGGGGCUGUUUCGACGAAUUCAAUAGAAUUGAACUGCCUGUGCUUUCUGCAGCUGCCCAGCAAAUCGCCAUCCUACUGCAAGCAAAGCGAGAGCAGAAGACCUCAAUCCCGUUUUCAGAUGGCGAUAUCAUUCCAAUGAGUUCGGAAUUCGGAAUUUUUAUCACAUUGAAUCCAGGCUGUGCUGGAAGGCAGAGUUUGCCAGAAAACUUGAAAAUUAGCUUUCGUAUGGUUGCAAUGAUGAUUCCCGAUCGUCAGAUAAUCAUUCGAGUGAAACUGGCUGCGUGUGGCUUUGUGAACAGUAUGACCUUGGCGCGAAAAUUCCACUGUUUGAACCAAAUUUGUGAAGAGGAGCUGACAAAACAGGUCCAUUACGACUUUGGACUACGCAACGUCUUAUCAGUAUUGCGCUGUUUGGGGGCCGCGCGAAGAUUGCAUCGUGAAGAACCGGAAGAACAAAUUGUGAUGACAGUACUACGAGACAUGAAUUUGAGCAAACUGAUUGAUCAAGAUGAACCAUUGUUUUUAUCGUUACUGGAUGACCUGUUUCCUGGAGGAGCGCUGGAAAAUGAGGAGCCCAACACCACCCUUUUGGACACAAUCCACAAACAAACUAUUGAGGCGAAACUCAUCCCUCAUAAACCAUGGAUUACAAAAGUCGGAAAUCUUUACGAAAUGCAGCGCGUUCGUCACGGAGUUAUGGCUUUGGGACCGUCGGGUACCGGCAAAACCAAGUGCAUUUCCGUUUUGCUGCAGGCUCUGUCUAGCUUAGGUCGACCUCACAGAGAGGUACGCAUGAACCCAAAGGCCAUCACGACCGCCGAGAUGUUUGGCUAUUCCAUUUCGACCGCUCAGGAUUGGGUGGAUGGGAUAUUUACCACACUGUGGCGGAGAACCCUGCGACUCAAACCGAGUGAGAACUGCUGGCUCAUUUUGGAUGGGCCAGUAGAUGCCACAUGGAUUGAGAAUCUGAAUUCAGUACUGGAUGACACUAAGAUACUCACGCUGGCCAAUGGUGAUCGGAUCACCAUGGUACCAAACUGCAAACUGGUAUUUGAAGUGGACAGUGUCGACAAUGCGUCACCAGCAACAAUAUCAAGAUUGGGCAUGGUAUACCUGAGCAGUGCCUCACUCACAUGGGCCAUCAUUUUCCAGGCCUGGUUGCAAAAGCAGACUCAGCCGGUAGCAGAAACAGUGGGUCCACUGGUGAACAAUUUGUUUGGACGAAUGCUGAAUUUCGUGCAAUCGAAGCUGCAACCCCGCGUUCAUUACCUGGAGGCGUUCUAUAUUUGUCAACUCUGCGACUUGUUGUCUGGCAUGUUGGACGAGGCAACAUCAUUCAUCAAAUUGCAGAAUGUGACCAUCUUCUGUCUGGUUUGGUCUUGCGGUUGCUUGCUGGAUGUUGACGAUAGACGAAAACUAGAUCAAUACAUGCGAGACUUGUAUUCAGGAGUCGAGCUUCCCGGGAAAGAUGGCAGAACUGUAUUCAACUAUCGAGUGGAUGACGACGGUUUCUGGGAGUUGUGGUCUGAGGGCUUGGAGACCUACAUCAGUACAGCUCAAAUGCAGCGACCUUUUCAUAGCAUUCUCAUUCCAAACGAGCACACGGUAGCUACACAGAUGUUCAUGGAAAUACUUGGUAAACAAAGCAAAGCCCCACUUCUGGUGGGUGAAAGCGGAACGGGAAAAACUGUCCUGGUGCGUAACUACCUGAGUCGGCUGCGAUCCGAUUCGAGCAUUAGCAAAGUCUACAGUUUCUCCUCAUCAACAACAGCAGCCAUGUUUCAGCGGGGUAUGGAAAGUUUUAUAGAACGGCGCGUGGGGAGCACCUACGGUCCACCGAAGGGAAGAAAACUCACUGUAUUCAUCGAUGACAUUAAUAUGCCCAUGCUGAACGAGUGGGGAGAUCAAGUAGCGAACGAGCUUGUGCGUCAGUUGAUGGAGAUGGGCGGUGUGUACAGCCUAGACAAAGUUGGCGAGUUCCUCUCAAUCAUGGAUGUGAAGUUUGUGGCUGCGAUGACCACACCUGGUGGUGGACGAUCGGACAUUCCAUCUCGACUCAAGCGGCAGUUUUGUCUCUUCUACAUUCUACUGCCCAGCGUGGCGACCAUUGACUACAUUUUCCGCUCCAUUGCAUCGAGUUACGUUAGCACGGAACGUGGAUUCAAGCGCGAGAUUGUCAACCUGGUUCGUUCAUUAGUAGGGCUGACCCGUGCCAUUUGGGAGCAGACCAAGGCCAAAAUGCUUCCAACCCCGACCCGAUUCUUCUACUUUUUCAACCUGCGAGAUCUCACACGUAUUUGGCAAGGAAUGGUGGAAAUUGAUCCAGAAGUGUACGAGACGAAGGACAAAGUGCUGAUGCUCUGGCAGCACGAAGUUCGUCGCGUGCUUUCUGAUCGUCUGAUAUCAGUCGAGGACAGAGACUGGUUUGAACAUACUCUUCAAUCGGCGGUGGAUCAGGAGUUUGGAGCCGACUGGAUGGAAUAUGUGUCACAGGAAGUGUUCGUUGUUGAUUUCAUGAGGGACGACUUUCCAAAGUUAAGAUCCAAGCAUUCCAGUGAGUCAAGUGAAGUUACCCAUAGGAGCACGGGAAGCGAUUUCCAUCGGCCCAAGGUAUACGAACCUGUACUGAACAUUGAUGUACUUCGCAGCCGGAUCGAACUUUUGCAAAAUCAAUUGAACACGUUAUGCACGGGCCGAAAAUCGGAAUUGGUCUUCUACACGGAUGCAAUCAGGCAUUUGGUUCGCAUCUCGCGAGCCAUACGGAAUUCUUGUGGCCACGCUCUGCUGGUUGGAAUUUCCGGAUCAGGGAAGACAUCCCUGGCUCGCUUAAGUGCCCUAAUAGCUGGCUACCGCGUUUUCGAAUGUCUUACCUCCAGCGAAACCCAGUUGGAAGAUUUCACGGAGGGGCUCAAGCAACUACACCGCACAAUCAGUGAGAGAGGCGCGGGUUGUGUGUUGCUAAUUCCAGAUGAAAAGGUACAAGAUGAAUCCUGUUACGAAUACGUGAAUCAACUUCUCACAACGGGAUAUUCACCGAAUUUGUUUCAACGAGAAGAAUUUGAAGAACUACUGGGCUCAAUCGAAGGCACAUCAGCUUGCGGCGCUUCAAAUCAAUCAAGUGAUCUUGAAGGCCGACUCGAGGUGUAUCAGAACCGAAUACGAGCCAACCUUCAUAUUGUUUUAUGCUUCUCGUCACUGAGUUAUAGUUUCCGGCAACGAGUGAUGUGCUAUCCGGGACUGCUCUCAGGUUGUGUACUCGAUUGGUGGGAUGAAUGGCCCGAAGAAGCCUUGAUAAGCGUGGGUCAUCGGUUUCUGACCGACUUUCCUCCAGUUAAUGAGCAAUAUGUGAAAGCCGUUGCCAGCAUUCACAAUUCCGUAGUCCUUGCAGCCAACGACUAUUCCAACAAAUAUCAGCGCAAUAUAUGCAUUACACCGAAUAACUUCCUGAUGUACACAAAAGAGAUUAAGCAAACAUACCAAGAAAUACGGGAUCAACUGAAUUUCGAUUUGGAACAUAUGGAAUCCGGUGUGGAGAAACUGCUCGAAGCACAAAAGUCUAUCGAUGAACUUCGUCGGCUGAUGCUGCAGAAAGAAACCGAAUUGGAACAGGCUAACCUCGAUGCGAAUAGAGUGCUGGGUGUUGUGAAAAUGCAGGCACACAUAGCCGAACAGACUAGAAAUCACAUGCUGCAAGUGAAGGAUAGACUUGAAUCAAUAGUACAUUGCAUCAGUGUGGAUCGUAUGGCGGCACGUGAACAGUUUGAGGCCGCAAAACCUGCACUGCAAGAAGCUGAAGAGGCACUUAAUACUCUUCGUCCGUCUGAUAUAGCCACACUGAGGAAACUUCAAAAGCCACCACAUUUGAUUAUGCGCCUCAUGGAUUGUGUCAUGAUUAUGUUCUACUCUCGUCUGGAGCCAAUCAGAAGUGAUCGUGAACGGGGAACGUUCUCGACAUCGUGGAACGAAGCGUUACGUCUUCUGAUGAAUCCCAACUUUCUAACCAAUUUGUUGCAAUACCCGAAGCACCGAAUGAAUGAAGAAAUAGUCGACUUACUGGAGCCUUACACAAGCGCGCCAGACUACAACAUUUCAACGGCCAAGAAGGUGUGUGGGAAUAUGGCAGGCCUGUUGCAAUGGACCCUAUCCAUGGUUCGUUAUUACUGGGUUAGUAAAAGAGUAAUUCCUUUGCAAGACAAUCUGGCCGCUUUGGAGGCCAAGCUUGUCAAAGCGAAAGCAACUCUGAAGGCUGCUGAAUGUACUCUAGAGGAAAAAACGAGGUUGCUAGAAGAGGCUCAAAUGGAGUAUGAAAAUGCGCUGGCAAGGAACAUGCGUCUUGAGGACGAAACUAAAUCAUGCUAUGAUCGGCUGAACACCGCACAUGCUCUCAUCGAUGGCCUUGGCAGUGAGCUAAAUCGGUGGACCUCAAAAAGUGUUCAGUUAAAAACGGAAAUGGAAGAACUAGGCGGGGAUGUACUACAAGUUGCUGCAUUCCUUACCUACUGUGGAGCUUUCAAUCAGUCGUAUCGAAAUCGCUUGUUGACUAGUUGGCAUUCGGAGCUUAUUAGACAACAAGUACCUCAUCGAUCCAAAAUGGAUUUGAUUUCGUUUCUUGUGGAGCCAUCGGUUUUGAAUGACUGGGCUCUACAUGGCCUGCCCGUUGAUGAAGUGUCUGUUCAAAACGCGGUAAUCACAACCAAGAGUCACCGGUACUGUCUGAUGAUAGAUCCUCAAGCCCAGGGGAAGACUUGGCUAAGCAGUUUGUACGCAAAAACUAUUACAGUGACUUCAGUCAAUGACCACGCGUUCACCACUCAACUGGAAGAUGCAAUGAACUUUGGUAUGCCGUUGCUUAUUGAAGACAUUUCGGAACAGCUGAGCCCCAUCAUACUAGCUCUUCUAGAGGAAAGUGCUACACAACUUGAAGCAAUCAAAGUGAUUACUUUUGGAGACAAGCAAACUCUGGUGGCCCAGAACUUCAGACUCUACCUUACUACGCACCUGUCGAAGCCCAACUUUCCUUCGGACGUCGGCUCUCGGAUGACUAUUAUCGAUUUCAGUACCACGCUAAAAGGCUUGGAAGAUCAGUUGCUGGCUCGUGUCAUUAACGUGGAAAGAGCAAAAGUCGAAAGGGCACGACUGGAGCUGAUAGCCGAUGUGGCAAACAACCGAAGACUAAUUUCCAAGUUGGAACACGAUCUGCUGCAUCAUCUGGUUUCAUGCCAAGGAUCGCUGGUCGACGAUAUGAAUCUAGUGGGGGUUCUUCGAGCUGCAAAGGAUACCGCUCAGACCGUCACCAAGCAGUUAGCUCAGGCAGCCGAUACAGAAACGGAAAUAGACGAGGCUCGUGAAGCAUACCGAGCAGUGGCCGUCCGAGGCUCGCUCAUGUACUUCAUACUGGCUGAACUGUCCAUCGUGAACCAGAUGUAUCAGUUUGGGCUGCCCCAAUUUAUCCAGUUGUUUGAUAACGCACUGCUUCAAUCCGAAAGAUCCCCAGUCACACAGCGGCGCAUAACAAACAUUUUACAAUAUAUGACAAAAUCAAUCUGGCGUUUUGUAAUGCGUUCGCUUUUCAAAAAAGAUCGUUUGACGUUUACGCUGAUUUUGGCCAUACGCCUCCAACAAAAUGUGGGAUCAAUUCAAAAUUCCGAAAUGGAUGUCUUGGUUAGAGGCGGAUCGAUGUAUACGAUUGCCGACUGCCCAGCGAAACCCGCACGAUGGAUUCCGGAUACCGCAUGGAUAAAUUUGAAAGCCCUCUCUAAAGUGCCAGUAUUCUCGGGCCUAAUGCAGCACAUCAUUCAUCACGAACGCCAGUGGAAACAAUGGUAUGAUAGAGAAUUUCCAGAAGAAUUCCCCAUCCCUGCUCCAUGCGAAGCAGAACUUCGACCAUUUGCACGUUUGCUAUUGAUCCGCUGCUGGUGCCUGGAUCGGUUUCUCGCACAGGCCAAAAAAUAUAUUAGCCAGGUGCUGGGACCCAGUUUCGCUGAGGAUGUGCUAUUGCAACCCGAACAGUUAGUACAACAGUCCGCCCGCUGGUCACCAAUUGUGAAUUUCCUGAGUACAGGUGCAGACCCAACAAUGCUGAUCGAACAGUUGGCACGCAAGCAGCGAAUUUCCCUUCAGACUGUGUCCAUGGGAGAAGGACAGGAUGGCGUGGCGAGAAAAGCUGUUCGAAAAGCCAUGCUCGAUGGCACUUGGGUCUUACUACAGAACUGCCACCUCACCCUAGACUAUAUGUCAGAAGUCUACAACGAUGUGACCGAACUGAUACCGCGUACGGUUCUUCUGAAUCGAAGGAACACUUUCUCAAGUGCCGAAAAACCAGACGAUUUCCCCGACUUUGCCACAAUGGAUUUGUCCACAUCAAGAAAACGUACACAAAGCACGGAUAAUUCCAGCGUAUCGAUCCAGGAUAGUUUCCGUUUAUGGCUUACAACUGAGGUGCACAGUCGAUUUCCCGCAAAUCUAUUGCAGAUUUCCAUAAAGUUCACCAAUGAACCUCCCGAAGGAAUUAAAGCCAGUCUGUUGAGAACGUACGGAGAUGUUACACAGGAUUUGUUGGACUCAUGUAUCAGUGCCGAGUGGAGAUCUCUGCUGUAUACUUUGGCUUUUCUCCACUGUACGGUGCAAGAGCGGAGAAAGUACGGAUCCAUGGGUUGGUCACAGCCGUACGAAUUCAAUCAGUCGGACUUCAAUGCCAACGUACAAUUUGUGCAACACCAUAUUGACCAGAUAGAGUUUUCAAGACACACGACAAAGAACAGCACUUUGGAUUGGAAGUGCCUACGAUAUAUGAUUGCGGAGAUCCAAUACGGUGGACGCAUAACCAAUCAAUAUGAUCUACGUUUACUAAAAACUCUGACUCAGACGUUCUUUCACGAACGCAUGUUUAGUUCGGACUAUCAGCUAGCGCCCAACUACCAAGUGCCCCAACUGAACACGAUAGCUCAGUAUGAGAGCUUCAUCCAAGAUUUGCCCAGUCGAGACUCAUCUGAAGCCUUUCAUUUGCAUGCGAACGCAGAUAUCGACUAUUCCACUCGUGCAGGCGGAUACAUCCUUGAUUGUAUUCAAGCAAUGGAACCCAAAGAAUGUGGUGUUGGAACUCAAGGAUUGGGUGAUGGCGAGAAGCCUGACAAAGUGCCAACUGAAAUCAGCCGAGAGUCACUGGUCACGAGUAUCUGCAGUGACAUGCUUUCGAAACUGCCCAGUCCAAUCGAUUCUCACAAAAUGAAUGCUCGAUUGGAAGCCCUAGGUCUCUUGCAACCGAUGACCAUAUUUUUACGCCAAGAAGUCGAGCGAAUGAACCGACUGCUACGCCUUGUUUCGACUACUCUCAGUGAAUUACUCCAGGCCAUGGAAGGCGUGGUUGUCAUUGAUGAACUGUUGGGGAAAGCAAUGAAUGCCAUUUUCGAGGCCAAAAUCCCCCAAAACUGGAUCAAGUGUUCCUGGGAAUCAAGCACACUGGGCUUUUGGUUUACCGACCUACUGGAUCGGUGCAGUCAAUUGUUUACCUGGUUGUUAGAAUGCAAGCCUUUGUCGUUCUGGUUGACUGGAUUUUUCAACCCGCAGGGAUUUCUAACGGCACUCAAACAAGAAGUUACUCGCAAGCAGUCUGCGUGGACUUUGGACCAAGUUAUGCUCAUGAACCGUGUCACCAGACUAAACUUAGAAGAUAUCAAGGAGCAUCCGACGGAAGGUGUUUUUGUGCAUGGACUAUAUCUUCAAGGUGCUUGUUGGGACCAUAAAAACGCCCGCCUGGUUGAACCGCGUUCAAAACAACUGUUCGAUCUACUUCCAAUUGUUCACUUGACUGUACAGUUGGAUUUCAGUUAUAGGGUUUGCUUUGAUGGACUGGAAUCCAACGAAGGCGCAUUUAUGGCAAAACAUAGUUCAAAGUCAUUCAAAUCGAAUUCGGGUGCAUCCAUGAAGUCUCUCGUUUUGGGCCUAAAAACGAAGAAAGUAAAACCAAACGUCGCAGACUCCCUGACUAUGAGUGCGUUCACAGCAUCCACAACCUCGGACUCGCUGUCAGGACGAAACAAACUGCCAGAGACCACGCAAGACCAAUCGUCCAGGUUGGGAAAACACGCAACUGACAUAGCUGAUAUCUACCUAGCUCCUGUGUACAAAACGUCGGCUAGGAGCCCCACAGACUUUAUAACGACGCUGAGGCUGACUUGCUCCAAAAAAUCAGAUCACUGGAUUUUGCGGAGCGUUGCUGUGCUCGGUGACAUACGUUGAGUCUCCUCCAACGGUAUAUCAAUAGCAAGGUGGAAGCGCCGUGAUUAAAUCAUCUUUCGAAUGAUUUUUUCUAUUUGAUAGACGAAAUUUUUUGUUACUAUUCACUAAACUUGUCGUUAUCGCCUUGUCAUGUUCAUUUGUUCGACUAUUAUACACCUGCAUUAUCAG